CUCGAGCCGACACCACGCGACAGGGACUGACAAGAUGGCGAUCACCACUUCGGUAACGGAGGAGUCGCUGCCGUGAAGCGGAGAGGCGAGACACCACCAUGCCCUGGGAGGGUCCCAUUUCUCACCUCACCAUGGUCACCAUGGCGAUAUGAAGCCAGUGUGAAACGUUGACACACACGCACACAAAGACUCACACACACAAGACGGUCAGUUAUUGACUGACGCGGCCAGCCAGCCAGCUCGGCAGGCAGGCAGGUGUGUGUGUGUGUGUGUAAUGGACCGGUGUAAGCAUGUGGGGCGUCUGCGACUGGCCCCCGACCACUCCAUCCUCAACCCGCAGAAGUGGCACUGCGUCGACUGCAACACCUCCGAGUCCAUAUGGGCAUGCCUGGGCUGCGCCCACGUGGCGUGCGGCCGCUACAUCGAGGAGCACGCCCUGCAGCACUUCCAGCAGCAGCACCACCCGCUGGCCAUGGAGGUGAACGAACUCUACGUUUUUUGUUACCUGUGCGACGACUACGUCCUGAACGACAACGCCACCGGAGACCUCAAGCUUCUCCGCAGCACGCUCAGCGCAAUCCAGAGCCAACGCUACGAGGUGACCACCCGCAGCGGGCGCACCCUCCGCUCGGCCAGCGCCGCCCCGGACGCACUCAUUCCGUCCGGCGCCCGCGAGCUGCAGCUGCGGGACGAGGACCGGAUGUUCACCGCCCUGUGGCACCGCCGCCGGGCGCUCAUGGGACGCGUCUUCCGCCUCUGGUUUGGACUGACUGAAUGUGGACAGAAGAGGGAGGAGGAGGAGAGGAAGCGGGAGGAGGAAGAAGAGCAGAAAAGGGAGGCGCGGGAGAGGAGGCGGGCCCUGAAGAGGCGUCUGCAGGAGGAGCUGGAGAACGCGCCUCUGAGAAAGAGUCGCCGCUUGUGUCGGAAGAGCCAGAGAGUUGCGGACGCAGCGGCGGUAGUCACGACGACGCCAUCUCGGAGGGCAAGCAACCAGGUGAAAACCCCUGUACCCCCCGCUCUCACCCGCAGGCCCCGGACUCAAAGCCCCGUUACCCCCAAAAAAUCUACACGGACAAAAAAGGUCCAACCAACCCCGAAGGCCCGUUGCCGUUCCUCUGCCACCAAAUCGAAGCCCAAAAUGCCCUCAGCGACCCCCCGCACCCCCCAAACACCUGUUCGCCGCAAACAGAGCACCAGACAGGGCGGCUCGCCCUUCAAACGGCGUCCCACCGUCACGCCUGGGGUCACGGGCUUGAGGAAUUUAGGCAACACGUGUUACAUGAACUCCAUCCUGCAGGUGCUGAGUCACCUGCACGUCUUCAGGGAGUGCUUCCUGCGCCUGGACCUGACCCAGGCGCUGGAGCUGCUGGCGACCGCCGUCCACGGCCAGCUGGCGGUGAAAGCCUUUUCCGAGUCCCCCCUGUCGCAGAGGAGGGGGCUUCAGGCCAGCUCGGGCUCCGGGGCGGGGCUGAGCGGCGGGGCGUCGUCACGCGCCCGCAGCAUGGAGCUGAUCCAACCCAAAGAGCCGAGCUCCAAGCACAUCUCGCUCUGCCACGAGCUGCACACCCUGUUCCAGGUCAUGUGGUCGGGCAAGUGGGCGCUGGUGUCGCCGUUCGCCAUGCUCCACUCGGUGUGGCAGCUGAUCCCGGCAUUCCGCGGCUACGCGCAGCAGGACGCCCAGGAGUUCCUGUGCGAGUUGCUGGACAAGGUGCAGCGUGAGCUCGAGAGCACGGGCAAGCACACGACCACGGCGGGCGUCCCGCAGAAAAGACUCAUCAAGCAAGUGCUCAGCGUAGUGAACACCAUCUUCCACGGCCAGCUGCUCAGUCAGGUCACGUGCCUGGCGUGCGACCACCGCUCCAACACCGUGGAGCCGUUCUGGGACCUGUCGCUGGAGUUCCCCGAGCGCUACCACAGCAACAGCAGGGAGUCGGCGGCGCAGGCGUCGUGCCACCUGACUGAGAUGCUCGCCAAGUUCACAGAGACGGAAGCGCUGGAGGGAAACAUCUACGCCUGUGACCAGUGUAACUCUGCUCGCCGGCGAACGUCGUCCAAACCCGUCAUCCUGACUGAAGCACAGAAACAGCUGAUGGUCCACAAACUGCCUCAGGUCCUGCGGCUUCACCUCAAACGCUUCAGGUGGUCCGGGCGGAACCACCGGGAGAAGAUCGGCGUCCACGUCAGCUUCGACCAGCUGCUCAACAUGGAGCCGUACUGCUGCCGCGAGCCGUCGCCCUGCUCCAGCCCCGGCAGCCCGAGCGCCGCCGGCUCGCCGCGCCCCAAGCACUUCCUGUACGAACUGUCCGCCGUGGUGAUGCACCAUGGGAAGGGCUUCGGCUCCGGCCACUACACGGCCUACUGCUACAACACGGAAGGAGCCUUCUGGGUUCACUGUAAUGACUCUAAGCUGAACGUGUGUUCGGCGGACGAGGUGUGCCGCGCUCAGGCCUACAUCCUCUUCUACACACAGCGAGUAACUCAGGACAAAGACCGGCCGCUAUAGGACCACGACCCCCUGAUCUCCUUGUCCUCGUCAUCAUCCACCUCAGCACAGAUCUGUUCCCUCUCGUUCUUUAGGGCAUUUUAUCUCCAGGGAGGAUGGGUCUAUUUUUUUUUUUUAAGUCUACUUUUCUAAAGAAAAAGAGAGGAUGGACUCCUUUUUUUAAAAAACCUGGUUCUGCUUUGUGAACUUCUUGUAUAUGAUGUUUAUAUGUAGGUAUUUUUAAAAGAAUAAUGUUUGUGUCUUUGUGUACAGUUGGUAAAUAAGAGAGUAUCAGCCACCAGACUACACACACACACAUUACACGUGUCCUCCGCAGGUCGUGCUGGCGGCUCGUCGUUGAUUGUAAACGCUGUUUUGUUUUAAAAAUCAAGUGAAAUGUUUUUUCCUCGAGUCACUUUAGAAAGUCGACGCAGAAACUGGACGUCGUGUUGUAAGACUACAAAUGGCCUCCCCUGUUUUAUUUUAUUUUUAAUAGACGUUGGCUGCACUAAUUGUUUUCUCCUUUUUUGGUUCGUGAAGAUCUGAACACGGGCUGCGGAGCGGGAAGUUUAUUUUAUUUCCACUCCUGCAUCCGUCAGGGAAAAGAAUCGUCCGACCUCAAGCCAAAGGCCUUGGGAGGGAAUGUUUGGGGGGAAAAAAACUCUCAGCAUUUCCAAAACGGUGCAACCUCUAACUCUUUUCUUUUUUCUUUAUUUUCUACAACUGAUUGUGGAGGAAGAAAGAAAAGGUUUCCAAAGGGAAAUUAAUUUUUUUGUGCUAAAUGCUGCCACCUGUCUGCUCCAGAAUGUAACUGUCUCCAGAGUGCGAACCAAGUAAACUAGUAAGUGCCCUUUUGUUAAAAUUUCUAAAAAAAAAUAUAUAUUUUUUUAUAGUUCAUAUCAUGACAGUAAUGUGGCGGUAUCUCCUUUCACAAACCAGCAUUUAGAUCAUGAUGAAUGUAUUUUUUUAUACAAUCCGUCUCAGUUUUAAACUAGAAACUUUUAGAAACAAGGCCAUUGACAGUUUUAUAAAACCGCUAUAAGUUCAACACCAGCAGUUAUUACAAGAUCACCAGUAAGUUGAUGUGUACUGUACGUGUCCAUAACUGGUUAUUCAGAUUGUGAUAUUUAUCUUCACCUCAGAUCAUUUUUCCCCUCGGGGUAAUUCAAAGCACACUUUCUUUUUUGUUUCUUUUCCUGAAUUGACGUGUUGGCAUUUUUUUGGGUUACUAUAUGGAUGUGUUCGAGUGUGUAAAUUUAUGGAAGUUAUACUAUGCAAAUUGUUACCUCAAUUUUUUUUGUUUCCUAGAGAAAAUUACCUCAAUAAAUGAGAAUAUUUUUUCAUUUUUCUACAAAAAGA